CCUCUUUGGAGCAGCGAGCGCAGCUUACCAGGUUGAAGGUGCAGCAAAACAAGGCGGGAGAGGGCCUAGUAUAUGGGACUAUUUCACAGAGAAGCACCCAGAAAAGAUAGCGAACGGAAGCAACGGCGAUGUUUCAAUUGAUACGUAUCACCGCUACAAGGAAGAUAUAAAGCAUAUGAAGGACACUGGACUUGAUGCAUUCAGAUUCUCAAUCUCUUGGACUAGAAUUUUACCUAAUGGGAAGAUAAGCGGAGGAAUAAACAAAGAGGGUGUUGAGUAUUACAACAACUUCAUCAACGAGCUCUUAUCGAGAGGUAUUAAACCAUUGGUCACCAUUUUCCACUGGGAUUCUCCUCAAAGCCUAGAAGCUGAAUAUGGCGGUUUCCUUAGCCCCCGUAUUGUGGAGGACUUCAAGAACUACGCCGAGCUGCUCUUUAAGUUGUACGGAGACAGGGUGAAGAGCUGGAUCACAUUCAACGAGCCGUACUCCUUCUGCCAACGGGGCUACGGAGCCGGAAUAUUCGCUCCGGGGCGCUGCUCCUCCUUUCUCGGCUGUGCCGCCGGAGACUCCGCCCGUGAGCCGUACGUCGCCGGGCACAACUUGCUCCUUGCCCACGCUGCUGCCGUGAAGGUGUACAGAGACAAGUACCAGGCAUCACAAAAGGGAAAGAUAGGGAUUACUCUUGUCACCCACUGGUUCAGGCCUUAUUCUAAUUCCAAAGCAGACUAUGACGCAUCCAUUCGAGCCCUUGAUUUCUUUUUCGGAUGGUUUAUGGACCCGAUAGCAACGGGAGACUACCCGUUCACCAUGAGAGCCGUCGCCGGAGAUAGAUUGCCGAAGUUCACACCACAGCAAUCUAAAAUGCUUAGAGGAUCUUAUGACUUCCUUGGAUUAAAUUACUAUACAACACAAUAUGCAAGAAGUAUUUCCUUCUUGAUGAACAAAGUAAAUUUCACCAUUGAUGAUGAUAUACACGCAUUUACAACAGGCAUAAGAAACGGCAAACCAAUUGGAGAACCGACUGGUUCAGACUGGCUCCUAAUUUACCCCCAAGGAAUCAGAUCACUCGUGCUAUACAUAAAGGAGAAAUACAACAAUCCAAUCAUUUACAUUACGGAAAAUGGAGUUGACACACUUGUAAACUCAUCGAUACCCUUGAAAGAAGUCUUGAAUGAUGACAUAAGAAUAAGAUACCUGCAAGGUCAUCUAUUGAACCUGAACAAAGCUAUAGGUGAGGGGGCAAAUGUGCAAGGAUACUUUCAUUGGUCAAUGUUUGAUAGUUUUGAGUGGGAUGCUGGCUAUACUGUUAGAUUUGGCCUUUACUACGUUGAUUUCAAGACUCUGCAGCGUUUGCCCAAGAAAUCUUCACGUUGGUACCGCAACUUUCUUAGCAAGUGAUUGAGUGGUAAAAUUCAAGGAUGAAAUUGUGAUUGUUAUGUGAUUGAUUGAAAUAAUAAGAUAAUAAGGCUAGGGGGCAUAGUGUA